GGCCCCCCCUGCUGGUUCCUCUUUCCCGCCCGCCCCUGCCUGGAAAGGGAAGGCACAUGUUAAUACCAGCCGGCGUGGUGGGUUUGUGGUGCUGCCGCUGCGGAUUGCGGAGUCCGAGACAGAUGUUGCGCCACCAGAGCCUCCUUAAGUGCCGCUGCCGCAUGUUGUUCAAUGACCUGAAGGUCCUCCUGCUCCGGAGACCCCCCGCGCCCCCUCCGCCCUCGCCUCCCCUCCCCAUGGACAGCGGAGACCCCCGCCCGGGCGGGCCGGCGGCCAACAACAACACCCUGCCCGCGCUGCAUGGGGGGCGAGGGGGCGCCUGGAGGGCGCCGGCCGCAGGCGGGGGCGGCCCGGCCAGCCCGCCCGAGGAGGAGUGGGGCAGCCCGGCCGGCGAGCCCCCCGCGUCCGCCUUGAGCAGCGCGUCCUCGGAGGACUUCUGCAAAGAGAAGGCGGAGGACAGGUACUCGCUGGACAGCGGCAUGAGGACCCCGCUCUGCAGGAUCUGCUUCCAGGGGCCCGAACAGGGGGAGUUGUUGAGCCCGUGUCGAUGUGAUGGAUCGGUGAAAUGCACGCACCAGCCUUGUCUGAUCAAAUGGAUCAGCGAGAGAGGCUGCUGGAGCUGCGAGCUGUGUUACUACAAGUAUCACGUCAUUGCCAUAAGCACAAAGAACCCUCUGCAGUGGCAGGCCAUCUCUCUGACAGUCAUUGAGAAGGUUCAGAUUGCAGCAGCCAUCUUGGGUUCCCUCUUCCUCAUCGCCAGUAUCUCGUGGCUCAUCUGGUCGACCUUCAGUCCUUCCGCCAAAUGGCAGCGCCAGGACCUGCUCUUCCAGAUCUGCUAUGGAAUGUAUGGCUUCAUGGACAUUGUCUGUAUAGGUCUAAUAAUACACGAAGGGCCAUCGGUUUACCGGAUUUUCAAACGGUGGCAGGCGGUAAAUCAGCAGUGGAAAGUGCUGAACUAUGACAAAACAAAAGACAUGGAGGACCAAAAAACAGGGACCAGGACAAACCUCCGAACCUCCUCCCAAACCAACCAUUCGUCCUCCACCGGUGGUACAGCCAGCAACUCCGCUCCAGCCGACAACGGGGUCCGGGGCACUAGCCACGCCACCGGCACCCUGUCUGACCACCACUGUGCUUACACCAUCUUGCAUAUACUCAGCCAGCUCAGGCCUCACGAACAGAGAAGCCAGUCUAGCACUAACAGAGAGCUCGUCAUGAGGGUCACAACAGUCUGAGUGAUGGAAUUCAGGAGGCCUUAACGCGAAGUGAAGGAGACAAAGAACUCAAGAGCGGAGAAGCAUGGUGUGCCUUUAAUUUUUUGGGUAGCUGCACAAGGCGUAUAAGCAGCGCUUGGCGAACUGAGGAAGAAGAAGGUGGAGGCAGAGCUGCACACACAUGCUAAAGAGGUUAACGUUUUCCAGCCAGUCAAUAUUAUUUUAAAAAAAACCAACAAAACAAGUGCAAUACGGACUAACAACUGACUAGGUGGAGGUUGGGGGAAGCAGGGGAACAGCCGGUAUUAGCAUGUCUUACAAGUUCUAUUAGCUGGGAUGGGUAAUGUUCUGCAAACACACACACACACACGCCCCACACGCACACACACACACACAGUGUGGGAUGGUUACAAACAGAAGGGGAAUGACGGAAGCGACGUAUUCGGAGGAGUUUUCAGAUUGUGUUAAGCAGGGAUCUGAGUCAUCGCUUUGUUUCAUAAAUCAUUCCGGAGCCCUGGAUUACUCGCGAUAGAGUAUUGCCGCUGAAGUGGCUGGGGAUUUUUCAGUUUUAAUAUUAAAAAAAAAAACCCGUCCAUAUUUCACCAAAACAAAAAAUCGCCAAGGGGUUUGGAGAAUGGCGUUGGGAGAGGGUUUGACAGACAUUUUUUCUGGCAAAGUUUGUACAAAGGCGGUGUGGGAGUUUGAAGCACAAGCACUGGUCCGUUGACCCCAAAUCCCACAUUCAAACCUUCCCGCUCACAAAAACCAUCCUCCAGGCAGACUUUGAGAAAGGGGGUUGCUCUGGGUUAAUUUCCUCUCCUACCCCAUCACCCCCAAUUGAUUACAUUAGGCCAAUCCCAUCUCCACAGCGUUCUCCUGCAUCUGUGAUCAGACUCUCAUAAGAGAGGGUUUUUUUAAUCUUUAUAUCCCUGCUGCUCAAUUUGCAAGAGAGUCUCACUCAAUCUUAUAGGUUAAGUCCUUGAUAUCCAGUUUGCUGAACGACUGAGUGGAAAAGACUAAAUGAUGAGCUAACAAAGACUUAGUCUGAAGAGGGAGCACAGUCCCUGAGUGAAUAUAUUAUGCUUUUAAUAAGUCUCCUUCUCUAGGAGCUAUCCAUGAAAGUACCAAUUGCUCUUCAGAAACAUCCUCUUUCAAUGCACAAUGGCUGAAUCAUUUGUGGGUAUUAAAGGGACACUGUCAAGUACUUUUUAAAUAGUUUUUAGGGGCUUUUUUACUCGCCAUCGUUUGUCAUAUUCUCUUAAAAGCUUGAAAAUAAAAAUUAUUUCCCUACUGA